AUGGCCUUCACCAUAUUCGACGUCGUUUCGCACCACUCAGACAACUACUACAGUGCCUCCGGCAAGAAGCAGAAAUACGGCGGAUCCGUCCACAAGUUGAUCAUGAAGGAGUGGAGGAUUCUGGAGAACAAUCUCCCCGACUCUAUCUACGCGUGCGUGUACGAGACGCGCCUUGAUCUUCUCAGAGCCGUCAUCGUUGGCGCUGCCGGGACUCCCUACCACGACGCGCUCUUCUUCGAUAUCAACUUCCAGUCGGACUACUCGACCCAGCCGCCCAACGUGCAAUACCGCUUCUACGGGUUGCGGGUCAACCCAAAUCUUUACGUGAGCGGGUACGUCUGCCUGAGCCUGCUCAGCACCUGGACCAGAAAGAAGAGGGAGAAGUGGGACCCGGCUCAGUCCACCGUCCUCCAGGUUCUAGUCUUGAUCCAAGCGCUCGUUUUGAACGAGAAGCGGUUUGUGUUCUUCUCCAUCGCAUGGGUGACUUGA